AUGGCGAAUAAGGCCCUCAUCCCAUUCCUGGUCACGAUGAUGCUCGUGACCGGAGACAUGCAAUGCGUACGGAACUGUGACUCCCCAGACCCCAGCAAGCGAAAGCUCUUCGAGCAACCCGUCAUCCAAACCGCCUCCCCCAAGCCACACGAAGAAGACGAGCGCAUCCCGCUGCGCGGCUGGAAAGUCCUCCUCCUCGCCGCCCCCUCCAGCUGCGACAUCGCCGGCACAACGCUCAUGAAUGUAGGCCUGCUCUUCGUCGCAGCAAGCAUUUACCAGAUGACGCGGGGCGCGCUCGUCCUCUUCGUCGGCCUCUUCAGCGUUCUCUUCCUGCGCCGCAAGCUCUACCUGUACCAGUGGAGCGCGCUGUUUGUCGUCGUGCUGGGCGUUGCCAUCGUCGGCCUGUCCGGUGCGCUGUUCAGCGGCAGCGGUGCAGAGCAUGAUGUCUCGAAUGCGCAGCGCGCGGUGCUGGCUGCUCGUGCUGUUGCGCGCACACCGGAGGCUGUCAAGGCUGUUAUUGGCGUAUUGCUUAUUGCGGCUGCGCAGAUCUUCACGGCGUCGCAGUUUGUGCUUGAGGAGUGGAUUCUCGAGAACUAUGCUAUGGAUCCCCUCGUGGUUGUUGGGUGGGAGGGUGUUUUCGGGUUCUUGGUUACUGUUCUUGGGAUGCUGAUUAUGUAUGUCGUUGUUGGGAGUACUGAGGCCGGACGCUAUGGGUACUUUGAUAUUGCGGAGGGGUGGCGCGAGGUUACCAGUAACCGCGCUAUUGCUAUGGCUAGUUUGUUGAUUAUGGUCAGCAUCGGGGGCUUUAACUUCUUUGGUCUGUCGGUUACUCGUACUGUCUCUGCCACGUCGCGUAGCACGAUCGAUACUUGCCGCACGCUUUUCAUUUGGCUUGUUUCGCUUGGACUGGGCUGGGAGACUUUCAAGUGGCUCCAGGUCGUUGGCUUCGGGCUUCUUGUCUAUGGAACUUUCUUGUUUAACGAUAUCAUCCAGCCCCCGCUUAAGGCUUGUUUGCCUAGCGAGCGCAGGGAGGGAGAGAUCCUGCUUCCCGAGGAACCUAUUGAGCAUAUCUGA